GUCCGAGAUCAGCGUGGAUCCUGCAGUGUCCGGAUGGAGGGACAAGGAUGAGGAUCGCAUCCAGGAGCUGGUGGAGCUUUUCCGGGCACCAGGCAACUACAACACAGGCCACAUGCUGCUGGACGACGGCCUGUCCACAGUGUGCGCCUUGCAGACGCUGCAGGCCGAGUGGGAGGUGGCUCAGGCGAAGACCUGCGAGGACGACGAGGUCGCCUUCGUCUUCGACACUCGCCUUGUGAAGGUCUUCACGGAAGGUGUCUUCCUCGAGUUCGUCCGUUACGACACCGAGCAGAUCGAGGUGCGGGUCGCCUUUCAAACCGGCGCCCAUGACGUGGACAACAACAAAUACCAGGCCACCUCGCUGUACGACAUGGUGCGGGUGGUCCGCCUCAUGAAGGCAAAGGUCAACAACAAUGACUAUGCUCAGGUGUCGAAGCGGUUGCAAAGCGUGUUGGGCUCUGGGAAGACAUUGGUUCCUGGAUAA